CUCAACUCUCCAAUACCAAUCAAAACAUAACUUGACACAUAGAAAACUAAGAAGAAGCAGAGUUGGUAUUUUUUUUGCAAGAGAACAACUUCAUUGUGCCCAAUAAUGUAUGCUCUUACACGUUCCCUAGUCCGUUCGCCAGCCCUACGUCAGGGUCUACAAAUGGCCCAGGCUCAAAAUGUCAGAGAUGUCACAAUGAAGGUUGUGCCUGCUGCCUCCACAAUGAAAGACGAAAGUUUCUUCGACAAAAAUGGACGUCUUAAGCGUGAGAUGUCUCCCCAUUUGACCAUCUAUAAGCCACAGUUGACCUCCUUGUUGUCGGUUACUCACCGUGGCACCGGCAUGGUACUCACCGCUGGCGUUUGGGGCUUGGGUUUGGCUGCUCUUACUUCGCCACAAGAUAUUGCCAACUAUGCCUCUGUGAUUGAGGGUUUGCACCUCAGCGCUGGCUCCUUGAGUGUCUUGAAGUUCAUGCUGGCCUAUCCCUUGGCCUAUCACACUGCAAACGGUGUGCGCCAUUUGUUGUGGGACACUGGCCGCCUCUUGAAGAUCAAGGAAGUCUAUUCAUCAGGUUAUGCAAUGAUUGGUGUUUCCUUUGUGUUGGCCGCUAUUUUGGCCAUGCUAUAAGCUUUUUAUUUUGUUUUAGAUAAAUUAUUUAAUUUGCCUGGUGGCAUCAGAAACGAUUCAUAAUAAAUUAUAAGCGUAAAGUGUUUUCCAAAAUCUA